AUGAAAAUAUUCAAUACAUUUCGGAAUAACUGCUUCAUCACUGGCACAACAACAACACUAGGUUUGCUGCUUCAAAACAAUGUCCAUGCUUCUCCGUUUUCUCAUUCUGCCAUUAGAGAAGAGCCACAAGAGGAUUUAGGCUAUACCUAUGAUCGGAUAGUUCUAGGAAUUAUGACUUCACUAGUUUGCCUUUAUAUUUUACUUCAAAUUGGACUUACAUUUUACCAUAAACAUCGAGUGCCUUCGUUCCAUUUUGGUUUUCUUGUGCUGUGUUGCAUAUGGAUGAUUUUGAGGACCGUUUACUACUUUUCUGUCAUUGAUAAUUGUGGCGUGUUCUUUUUAUACUAUAUACCAAUUUGUGUGGAAUUUGCAGUGUUCUCUUUGCUUGGAGUAUUUUUCUUCAAGCUGCUGAAUUAUGGAGGAAAAUGGGAAAAAUCCUUAUUGCAAUCAGUGGAAGAGCCUUUGCGAGUUCAAACUCCAACACCAUCAUCUCCUUCUCAAACAACGGGAAUUUUAUCAGGAUCAGGAGUACAAAACCCUGUUCAUUCUUAUAGACGAAGGUCUUAUCGACCAUCCUCUUCUACUUUUAGUGACAACUAUGGAGCUGUUUCCAAUGUUGGAGUUGGUUCUCUCAAUAACGACGAUCAAGACGAUGAUACGAAAACUGACACUUCCUUUGUGAGUCAAAAUAUUGAUGCUUACGAGGAAGAAUCGAAAAUUUCAUAUUACCAUGCUCAAUCCAACAAUUUUUAUCACAGAUUCAUCAAAUUUUUAUGCACAAGAAAGGUCUUGUAUAUGAUAUUGUGGCUUGUGACAAACUUGGGAUUUUUCUUCAUGGUUCUUUCUUUUUGCAUUGCCUCAUGUACUACUGCAUUUGAUAGUGAACAAACAAAUUCAGUGAUUGGUUUGACAAGCGCAUGCUCAUUUGCUGUACUAAUGGUAAUGCUGUUGGCCAUUGGUCUCCGAAUGGUUUACAUAUUUAGAAGACGUAAUGACAUACCUGUAAGCUUAAAAGUUAGCAGAAUCACAGGGCCUGGGAUGGUUGUGGUAAUUAUCGUGAACUGUUUCGUUUUCACUAGCAGAGCAAUUUUUGAUUGCUUAAUUUUAAUUCCAAAUUUUCCAAAAGAUUAUUUGAAAAUUCAAUUUUUGAGAUCCACAGAUUAUGGUAGAAUGUUCAUUAUCUUCACCAAUUUCUUUUGGGAGAUUAUGCCAAUUCUAAGCAUUCUGAUUUUCUUCAGCAAAUGGUCCUUUAGCAGAAAUGCUGUGAAUAUUAAUUUGAGACGUCAUCAACAUGAAGAGAGCCAAGAAUCUGAAACUACAAAUACAAAUGCCAACGCCAGUGAUCAUGUUUUUGAUACAAAUACACCGCUAGUCAUUGGAGCUCAGACAAGUAGUAGAGCUAUUGGAAGGCGGACUCAAAGUUCUGGACAAUUACAAAACACUGGAUACAAUGCUGGACAGGAUGGUGAAACAACAGAGUCAUCUCUUUAUGAUGAUAUUGAAACUGACAGUUCCUAUAGCGCCAAUGACUAA